CCGUUCUGGGGAAAUUGGGGCGGUUUUACUUCUCCCUCAACAUUUUUCGUCAGAGACCACUAAAGAGGCCUCUCUGCAGGCGCCUUUAGUUUCCUCAGAUUAUAACCUUCCCAACUGCCCGCAGCGUCCAGUCUCCCCUCUCCAGCAAAAUGGUGCUGGCUAACUCAGAUGUCUGCGAGAUUACUUGUGUUGUUAACUUGGCUUUCUGGUAAAUUCGUGGAUAGUAGACUCGAAAAGAAUUUUUUCUGAGCACUUGGGUAUCAAUAUAUUCAUUUAAAAAUCCAACUUUGCUGCCGCUUCAUCAGUUCUUACCUGUUCUUGAGAGACUGAUAUGCCACAAUUCAGACUUCCAUAUUUCUUACUAAUCUUCCUACAGUGUUACUGGUUGCCAGCUGCUUGAAUGUACCGGGCAUCGGCAUAGUACAGAUCUCAGCAACACAACUCUGGCCUUGGACAUUUCUUGUCUACUCUAUCAGCACAGUGGGAUGCAAUCUGACUCUGAAUUAAGAAGACUUUCACAGUCGCUCCAGAGUAGGGGAACCCCCACCAUUGCACUAUUUACCUUCCAAGACACUAUAGGCAAAACCUCCAUGAGGUAUAUAUGUUUACUAGUUUAUUCAUUGUCAGAAUGGCUUUACUUGUAUAUUUAUAACUCCAUCUUGUGUGCAUGUUAUGUUUUGUAUAUGAAUCCUUUGUUCACACCAGAGCUCAUCUAAGGAGGAAUUUAGCUUGGUAUUUAUGACAUUGUGAUAGGAAGUGACAUCACGAUAGGGCAAAAUCUGAUAAAGUUCCACUCCGUCCUGUAGAGGCUAUUUCCUCCUUGAGCACACACUACUUUUCCUCUUCGCACAAGGAAAGCCCAGUAGUUGUUUGAAUGCUGGAUAAAACUGAACACUUAAAUUUAUCAUCAAGAAGGUAUUAAAAGAAGAGGAGCAAAAGAGUACAAGAACUAAAAGUGUUACAACUUUGGUGAGAAGUGGCCACUUCAGAAUCUUCUCAUUUAGCAGCUAUAUUUCUCUUUUAACUUCACAUUUUCUUAGGAUGAUGAAAUGAAAAUAUUUUGUUCUUGGUUAUUUUUUACAAGUCUUCUUGUCCUCAUGAGAACCAUCCAGUCUGUCAAGAUAUAAACAAAAAUUUUUCUUUAAAAGAUAAACUAUGUAUUUUUCUUUGAAACAACUGAUGGGAGAGAAAUUCUUCCUUUAGUUUGAAUAGUCAUACUUUUAAGUUGCUUGGAGGUAGUUAUAUAUGAAUCUUCAUAUUAACUUGAAUCUCAUUUAAAAUAAAAGAUGAAAGAAGAGAGUUAACUCAUUAAUUAUUUAAAAUACUUGGUGCAACUGUUCCUUGUGAGUUAAUCCAGGCACUUGGAAGAAAAUUACACUCAGUGUUAAUAACAUUGCCAACCUUUUCCAGUAUGCUGCUCUCCAAAUACUAUUGUGUUUUCACUGACAACAGUCACUGUUACAUAUGCAUGUGAAAAACAGGCAUUUUCAUCAGAAUUACUGUAAUAGCAUUAAGAGAUUAUUAUUUUUCCAAUUUAUUUGGAAUAAAAUUCACUUAAAUUAGAUUAUUUAUUACUUGACUGCUCUUCUGUCUUGCCUGUAUGUUAGGUAACUGGAGUCCAUGAAAGUAUAAACUUCAGAAUAAAAAGCAUGAUUUUAUACAUUGAUGAUUUCAAAUAAAAGAGGAGUGCUAGUCUGUGUGCAUCAUUUCUUUUGAGAAAGUUAAGUCCGUGUUCUGUUUAGGAGAGAUAACACUUUUUGUCCCUGUAGGUGGCCCCCGCGGUGUAGCCAUUAGUUGCUAAUUACUUGCAAACAAAUAAACAAUUAACUCCUGGAGCUGCUGGCUGGGCCAGUGUGCAUUGACAUGCUAAAACUUUCUGAAACGGGGUUUUAAUUAGUGACGUUCUAAAUCCAGCCCCCUUGUCAGCGGAGCAAUAAGGUGAACUGCAGGAAGGUCCAGCCCCGGACACGUGGGGCAGAGCCAGCCAGGGAGGCUUGGAGCUGUUGCUCUGUGCAGCCCACGCAAGGAUGUCUCCUAGCCUUCAGGAAGGUGCUCGACUUGGGGAAGGCAAACCCUCACCCUGCCCCUUUUCAAUUGAGAGUAUCUUAGGACCAGACCAGAAGAAAGACAGUGUUCCAUCCACGAAACCCCACAGGCCCUGGGCUGACACCUGCAGCUCUUCAGAGAAAGAAGUUAACCUAUGUCUACAUGUCCCCACUCUUCCCAAUGGGAUCUCAUUACCUCAAACUGUGGAUCACUCGGUGCCGGAAGAAAGUAUUUUGAAAUACGAAGAUUACUUUUCACCCUCAGAGAGACUUUCUUUGAAAAGAGAGUUGAGUUGGUAUAGAGGCCGAAGACCCAGAACUGCUUUUACUCAAAACCAGAUUGAAGUGUUAGAAAAUGUCUUUAGAGUAAACUGCUAUCCUGGCAUUGAUAUCAGAGAAGACUUAGCUCAAAAACUGAACCUAGAGGAAGACAGAAUCCAGAUCUGGUUCCAAAAUCGGCGUGCAAAGCUGAAAAGGUCCCAUAGAGAAUCACAGUUUCUAAUGGCAAAAAAAAAUUUCAACACAGAUCUCCUGGAAUAAAUAGAAAACUAAACAUGUGGAAUUAUCUUCCAAUUGCAGAACAUGAAGAAUUAAUGAAAUAUCAAGUGUUGAAAAUGUUAUGUUUUCUGUGUUUAAUCUGAGCAUUGUCAUUUUUAUUGGAAAAUAUAUUGUAAAUACUUACUAUUAUAUUAUAACAUGGUACCUGUUGUACUUGGGCACUGUUAGUUAUAAUAAAGGCCUUUCCUAUAUAUUUUAAUAAACAUUUGCAGAAAAAGCCAGUUAUUUUUGGUGAACAAAUUUAAUCAAAUAAAUUAAUUUGUUAAAAUCAGUAAACUCAUAGCUAAUUGACUCUACAACUUGAUUCCAUUUACAAAAUAAUUCCAGUCAAAUAGUCUGAAGAAUGGCACAAAGAUGUGAUUCAUUUCAAUAAGUUCAAAAUGCAUUUUGAAAUGUGAUUAUACUUAAUAUAUUAUAGCAUAUGAUUUAUUCAUGAA